UUCGCUUUCCUUCCUUAUGUGUCAUCGUAAUUCUUUUUUUCAGCCUACGGGCGACUCGACAAAUUUGUGAACCAAUAAAAAAGGUGAAUCGCGAUUAGUAUGUUCAAUUUGCAUCAGUCAAGAAUCCCAUAAUCAACAUCCAAUGCGGGGAAGUGGUAAUCGUCGACGGCCAAUAGUCGGCGAGUUCUUAUCAAUUCUGCCAAGCAUAUAACUGAGCGACUGUGUCCGGUUUUGUAACCUUAAGUGUUGUAUAGCCAUCAGUUACUCCAGACGCGUUACGCGAGGCAUUCCGGACUUUUGGGUCGACAAGAAGUUUCCGUCAAUUUGAAAAAAUUGAACAUUUUCGCAUGAUAAUAGAUCGACCCUCGUAAGUCCCGCGAACGCGACAACCUAGACACUAACAGAAUUUACUGUUUAAAAUGACUACUAUUCACGGCCUUUCACUUGCAUUUGUGCAAACGAGUGCUGUGUUUAAAGAAAACCGCGCUUUUCUUCUGCUUUGCAUCUCACCGCUACUAUUCACUGUCGCUAGUGCUGUCAGCUUAGGCCAUUCUGAACUGAAGGUCAAGGACAAAUGUGAUAGCGAAAUCUACUGCACCGGAAAAUUAUUGAAGACUGUUCAACUUUCAAACAUGUUCAAAGACAGUAAGACGUUCGUCGAUCUAGUUCAACUGAAUGACCCAGAAAUAACGCUGCAAAAAUUUGGCGAGUUUAUGCAAAAAACUAAUAAUAUGCCAACUGAGCAAGAAAUAAAAGAUUUCGUGAAUUCAACUUUCGUCCAAGAAGAUGAAUUUGAAGAGUGGAUUCCUUCCGACUAUGUAGAAAAUCCGUCUAUUUUAAGUCGAAUACAAGAUCCACAGUUUAAAGACUUUGCAAAACAAUUAAAUGCAAUUUGGAAGACGUUAGCUAGAAAAAUAAAAUCAGAAGUGCUAGAUCAUCCAACCAGACAUAGUUUAAUUCCGGUCGACAAUGGAAUCGUAUUUCCUGGAGGCCGCUUUCAAGAAUACUAUUACUGGGACAGUUAUUGGAUUAUCAAAGGUCUCUUGCUGUGCGACAUGAAAUUAACUGCGCGAGGAAUGAUCGAAAACUUCAUACAGUUCGUCGACCAAUACGGAUUUAUGGCAAAUGGUGGAAGAGUUUACUAUACGAUGAGGAGUCAACCUCCUCUUCUAACUUACAUGGUUCAGACUUACAUCGAUGCUACAAAGGAUUAUGAUUUUGUGAAAAAAAUACUACAUGUCCUAGAUAGGGAGUUUGAUUUCUGGGAGAAAAAACGAACUGUCGAUGUUGACUAUCGUGGAAAAAGUUACAAGAUGGCGAGGUACUUUGUCGAGAGUGAUGGACCAAGACCUGAAAGCUAUCGGGAAGAUUACGACUUGGCUAAAUAUUUGCCUACUGACGAAGCCAAGAGGGAAAUGUAUGAAAAUAUAAAAACAGGAGCAGAAACUGGUUGGGAUUUCUCAUCACGUUGGUUAAUUUCUCCCACAGAAAAUGGCCAAGAUCCUCGUCGCAAUCUUUCAAAUAUUGCUACGAAGUACAUCAUUCCUGUAGAUCUAAAUGCCUUCCUUGAAAGAAAUGCAAAACGCCUUAGUAAAUUCCAUGUGAGAGUAGGAAAUAUUCAGAAUCAAGACCGUUAUUUUUCUGUAGUUUUUAGGGUUUCGCAGGCUAUGCCAGAAACCCCUAUAAAAACGAUUAGAUGUCCGUCCCCGAGUGGAAUUCCUACAUCAUUAGCCGAAACUGGAGAACAAUGGGAUUUACCAAAUUCUUGGUCACCUUUACAAUCCAUUGUGAUAAAUGGACUUCGUGAAACUGGUUAUAAGGCAGCAGUUUCUUUAGCUGAAGAGUUUGCUACGAUAUGGCUGAGAUCUAAUUACGAAGGUUUCAAGAAAUACAAUGAAAUGUUUGAAAAGUACGAUUCUGUGAUCCCAGGUGCUCAUGGUGGUGGAGGAGAAUAUGUUGUUCAAUCAGGCUUCGGAUGGACGAAUGGUGUGGUAUUCGAAUUAUUAGAUAUUUACUGUUUUGCUACUUCCAAUGACAAUAUUGUCAUAUCCAAUAUAGAAUGCAAACACCUUCCCGCCUAAGUGAUGCUGUAUAACAAGUUACUCCACGUUCAAGAAAAUCAACUGGCAUUAUUUCAAUAUAAUUUUAAUUAAUUUCUAAAGCUUCGAAAAUAAUAUGAAAACCGAAAUGUGUGCUAAUUUAACAGGAUUAGCGGCCUACAAACUUAAUCAUGUCUGAAGGAGCUAAAAAUUCUAUAUAGUCUGGAGUAUCCGUCUGCUUUUCAAUUAGAGUUGAUAAUUCAAUUUAUCAAGUAAAAUUAAUUCAAAUUUAGUAUUUGAUUUGAACACAAGUUAUAAGUUAAUUCUUUUUUUACAAUUAGAAGCAAACUUUAAUCGAUAUUUAUGAUAUGCUAUUUGUGAAUAUCAGAAGUGAGAACUGGUUUUUCAUUUAACUAUUUGAUGUCGUUGACGACUUACUUAAUUACAGGUGCUAAUAAUAGAUACGUAAAAGUGUUAGACAUAAAAAAGGGUUAAGAAUCACAUAUAGUCAAACGAUAUUUCGUAAUCCCGAAAUAAUUAUAUCGAUAAAAAAUAAUUUUAAAAAUUAUGUUACUUCAUAGGUUACUUCUCAGUAUUUUAAUGAAAUGGUGAUUAUUUAGUGGAGUUGUGAAAUAGAGUUCUGAAACUUAUAUUUUAUUUUUGUUUCUGCACGUUACUUUACAAAAAUAUUUCUGUUUAUGCGUAAUUAGAUAGUGACUAUAUUUUUAUAAUUACUCUACUGUGAUAUCGCAUUUAGGAAACCAAAUGUAUCGUAAAAUUUACGUCUUUUACAAUUGCUAAUACUUUCCAGCAAUAUGUACAGGACAGGGUAUUGUAUUUUAUGUUAAAGAUAUCCUUUGAAAAUCCUAGAGAUAUCUGUUGGAUAAAUGAAAGUUUCUAUAUCCAUGGGAUAUCCAUAUACAAUAAUCUAGGAUUUUUCUGUAUAUUGGGGAAUCUUUACUUUGAGGAUUUGAAUAUUCAAUAACGGCCCGAAAAACACCCUAGAAUAUCGCAUAGGUAUCCCAGAGAUAUCGAAAUUUCCGUCUUAAUCGGAUAUUCAGCUUUUAUCAAAAAGGUUUUUUAGGGUCUAGGUAGGUCUAGGUAUAUCAUUUGUAAUGUAUCAUGAAGCUUUGUAUAAUAUUAAUUCAAUACAUAGUAGAUCUACAAGUGUAAUUUUUAUCCGAAAUUGGACUAAAAUACUGUAAACAGUUGGCAAAUAUAUAACUGCUAUAUUCACAAUAAUCAUUAUAAUAAAUUCUAGACUUGUUAUGUAGUUUUCAGAAUUUUUCUAGAGCGUUUUUAUCUAACUUUUGGAUAAAGAAUAUUUUUGAACUUUUGUCUAAAUGAAUUAUUUAAUUAAUAUGAUUAAGUGUGGCAGGUGCUUAUGCAAAAUAAAUAGUUGAAUUCGAACAUUCAAAA